AUGCUUCUUACGUUCUGGCGCGCCUUCCGCCGCCGCUGUCACGAAGGCCCAAUCCUCAUCGCUCCCGACUUUCGAAAGGUCUUACAGCGGUGCACCCACCUUGUGCUGGGUCUUUGGGCGCUCACCGCGCAAACGACCAUUCCCUCGGCGAGUUCUGCCUCCUUAAACUCCACCUCUCCAGCAGACUCGACCGUCGUCCUCACGAGGACCAGCACGGGCACGAGUACGAUAACCAGCACCAGCAGCGUAUUGAGCACCGUCGUCUCGGCCUCGUCGACGUCCGCCAGUUCGAGCGCUUUUCCUUCGCCGACGGCGAAUGUCACCACCGGCUCGGACCAAACGUUGAGGCUUUGGCAGCCGAAGGGUGGAUUGGUGAUGUGCCAGAGGGCGGAGUUUGCGUUUACCGGUCCAGCAGUGCCGAAGACGUGCGGCGUCUACGUGACCAACUCGUCCACCUACCUCCAACAAAUCCCUCUCGGAGGCGCCGUUACCUCUUACACCGCUGGCACCUUUUCGUGGCUCGUCGACGUCCCGGCCGGCUUGUCGCUCGACAUCCAGAUCUGGGUCACGCUGAACGGCCAGGUCAACCAAGUGACAAUCCACGGUCUCGUCGUCCAGGAGAGUGGCGACAACACCUGCCUGGCAACCGGGCCAGGCCAGAACACGCAAAGCAUCAUCUCGUACGCCUCGACACUCAACAGCUCGCCUAGCGCCACCGCUACCUCGUCAGGCGGCAAGGGCACGAACGUCGGAGGCAUCGCAGGCGGAGUCGUCGGCGGCGUACUCGGACUCGCCCUUCUCGCGCUUGUCACAGUCUGGUUCCUACGCCGUCGCCACGCUCGUCACCUCGACGAGUACCCUCUCGCGGAGCACGAAAAGCAAUACAGUGACGCGUUCGGUCCGAACGGCGACUUGACGAGCGCGCAAAUGGUUGCGAUGGGAUACCAGGGACAGCCUAUGCCCUCGCCUGGAGGGGUCGUGCCGUACCAGCCGGCGACACCCAGCAUGCUCGCCGAGCCAAUGUCUUCGAGUACCCCUCCGCCAGCUUUGGGCGCCGACUUUGGCUCUCCGCGCUCGCCAGCAGUGACGCAAGGUACGGCAGGUCUCGACGACCCCGCUACUUUCCUCGCGAGGAGUACGAGGGGAAGGUGA